AUGGCCAACAGCAGUCGUUUGCCCUCCUCGGCGACGGCUGGCUUUUUCCAGUCGCUCCCAGUCGUUCAGCCUCAGUACACAUUGCCCGAGCUGGUCAACUCGGGCUCUAAAAAUGUUCAGGAGGCAUCCGACGACCCCGUCCUCGCCCGCAUCCUGAUGCAGUACCUCCCCCGCAAGGCACAGUCAGAGGUCGGCGCUGCGAUCCACCAUCUGUCGCGCCGGGUGCUUCAUCCGUCAACACUGAGCCACGCGGUUGAUGCGGAAACAAACACCCCCGUACUCCGGCCGCUGACGACAUUUGGCGUGGAAAAUCGCGUUGAUCCAUUGUGGACGUCGGAGGGAUGGAAGGCCCUGAAGGCCAUAGGUGUCGAGGAAGAUAUCGUCGGUCGGGCUUAUGCCCAGGGGAAAAGCCACAACCGGCGGGUUGAGCAAUUCGGGCUCGCCCACGUCUGGGCGCAUACAUCAAGUAUGACCAUGUGCCCCGCCAGCAUGACCGAUGGCGCAGUGAAACUCCUUUCUCGGCACCUGGCGAAACCAGAUGGCGACCAGCCAGGACGCAAUGCUGUGUUCGCGGAGUCGUUGCGGAGGCUGGUCUCGAAGAAUCCACGCGAAGCGUGGACUAGCGGACAGUGGAUGACCGAAAGGACCGGCGGAAGCGACGUCAGCGGCACCGAGACCCUCGCGCGUAGGUUGACGGGGGAGGAGAUUGCCUGCGACGAGAAACUGGGUCGCACACAAGACGGCAUUGGCCUGCCUCUUGGACCCUGGCGAAUCGAUGGCUUCAAGUGGUUCAGUAGCGCCACUGACUCCGAUAUGACUAUCCUCUUGGCCCAAACCAGAAAGGGUCUAAGCGCCUUCUACAUACCCAUGCGCCGCAACGAGGGUAAACAGGUGUUGACAAGCCUGGAAAAGGCAGUGGAUGUAGCCACAGAACUCAAUGGUAUCCGCAUCCAGAGGCUGAAGCACAAAAUGGGAACCAGAGCCCUCCCUACGGCGGAACUUGAGCUCAAAGGGGCGCGCGGCUGGCUCAUUGGGGAAGAGGGGAAAGGAAUCAAGGAGAUCGCAACCUUACUCAACAUCACCAGGGUUCAUGCCGCGACGAGUAGCAUCUCCUACUGGUCUCGUGGCAUGUCCAUCUGCCGCGCCUACUCGAGGGUACGGAAGACUAGGGGCCGGCCGCUAACAGAGAAUCCGCAGCACGUCUUUUGGAUGGCGGAGGAGACAGUCAAGUACUGGGCCGCAGCGCACUUUGCCUUCUUUGGCGUUGCGCUCUUGGGUUCCAACGAGCAGGGAUGGGAGGAAACCGCGGAAAAUACGGCAGCCAGAAUACUCAUUCCGCGCGAGGACCGUGCACGAGAAGCACUACUCAGAUUGCUCACGCCGGUGAUGAAGGCUCAAGUGACAGUGGGAGCAGUGAUCGGACUGCGCGCCAACAUGGAGUGUCUGGGCGGCAUUGGCUACUGCGAGAACCAGGAAGAUGGCGGCGUGCUGAAUAUAGCCAAGAUGUUCAGAGAUGCGUCUGUCAACGCGAUUUGGGAGGGCACAGUGAGUGUGAUGGCUGAAGACGUGGGCAGAGUCAUCAAGGGCAGCCGAAAACAAGGCGUCAACGUCGUCGAGGAUGUUUUUGCCGCCUGGGCUAGAGGGGUCCUUCGACAUUGCAGAGGACGUUUUGCACAGGAGUGCGCAGUUGUCGGCGAGAGACUGGAAGAACUCGAGGCACUUGUGCGAGACAUCGGUUCUGAAGAGCUCGAAUACCGGGGAAGGGAUAUUCUUGGCCAUCUCGAGGCCAUCAGCUGUGCAGUGUUGCUUCUCUUUAACGCACAUAUGGAUGGAGAUGAAUUGGCAUCGCAUGUUGCUACACGACCCAACCGCUUACCAGUACUGUCUGAUUUCCGCACCGGUUUUGUGAUUGACAAGUCUGUCAACUUCUGA